AAAGAAAAAGAUUUAGAACUGACAGCCAGGAUUGGAAAAGAAUUAUUGGUGAACAACACCAAACUAGAGAAUACUGUAUCGUCAUUAGAAACUGACCUGAAAGCAGCACAUGAAAAAAUCACCCAACUCAGUCAUGAAAUCCAAAAAAAGACUGAACUUAUACAGAUUCUUACUAAUGAUAUGGAUGAAUCAUGUUUGGAAUCUGCGGAUCUCGGACGGAUAAAUUUGGAAUUGAUAAAUAAACGAAUAUCUUCACUGGAGGACGAGAAUAAAGCUCUCAAAACAGAAUAUUGUCGAUUAGCUUCAUGUGCAGAUGAUAUAGAGGCUCAAGAGGCACUAUUACUGAAAGAUCUGACUGGACAGCUAACGUGUGCAAACUCAAGCAUGGGAUUUUUAGAAGAUGAAAUUGAUCGGUUGAAAGAAGAGAACCGAAUCCAAUAUGAACAAAUUUUGUUAUUAAGCUCCCAGUCACAAGAUUCAGAAGAGAAACUACGAAAGCUUCUCAGUGAAAAUGCUGAAUUAGAUGGUCUGUUACAAAUCACCAAAGAAAAUCAAGGUAGUCUCGCGGUUGAAUUAUCAGAAUUCAAAGCAAGGUAUUAUGAAGUCGAGGCGUUACUGAGAGAUACUCAAGAACAGUUACGGAAAAUGAGAAAAAGGCAAACACCUGCUGCAAGAAUAUCGAUGUUUUCUUCCUUGGGUCAAAGUGCAUCUGGUCCAUAUGAUAGUUUACAGAGUGAACUUGAGAUGUCUAUUCAUUCAGAACUUAGUGCAGAUUCUGGAAUAUCUGGUACAUAUAUAUCGCCCCAAUACAAGAAAGUUUUUGAGACGGUCAGAUGUGCCUCCCAAAACUCAUUAGGCAGCGGAGAAAGCAUGAUGGGCAGCUUCCAUUCAAGCAUGGGUGGUUACGUGAGCAGUUCUACAAGCGGUGAACCUCGGAUGAGCAUAAGAUCUCAAGGUGGAUUAGAUUUAAGAAGAUCGUCUAUAUAUAGUAGCAGUUCUCUAGGAUAUCCAAGUGUUGAUUCUACUGGUUAUUCAGAUACCGAUUCUAGUCAAACUGAUUCAGAUGAAAGUUAUCCGACGGAUAACAAGUAUAUCAUCUCAAUUAACAGGGUUGGCAAGGAACUAGAGGACCUCGGCUUGGAAUCCUAUGCACUAAGUGAUCUUGAAGAAGACGAAGAGUAUACCAAUCCCGGAAAAGUAUUUGAUACAUCCGUUCAUACAUACACUUUUACAAAUAGUACCAUAUUGCACCCAGAGGAUGGAAUGUAUGUAACACCUAGCCAAAGAGGGAGUAGAAUGUCUUCAGUAUGUUCAAGUGUUCAGCCAUCACCGCCUCAUACUCCUAGGACUCUGAGCAGGCGAAAUUCUUGUAGUACUUUCUCCACUACUUUAGGAUUAGCUAAAAUGCUUAACGAAAGAGGUAUCAAGGCAGUCACCCCAUCUUGCGUGAAUACACCCUGUGGUGCGAACAGUUUCAGUCCAACUGCAACACCACACAACAGUCCAGACGCAACAUCUUCUUCUUCAAGAUGUGGCUCCCCCGAACCAUAUGAAGAGUUUAGUUUGCAUCAACUGCUCACGAGUUCCUUUCCGCAAUUCCUCAAAGAAACAAUUGGUGGUGGAGCCAAAAAAAAGACACCUCUGAAAUAUAAGAAACCAGAAAUCGAAAAACAGGAGAGCCUUGUGGGUAGGAUUGAAAAACUGGGAAUAAGUAAUCUGAUGAAUAAUCCGAGUGCAUUAUACACCAGGACAGCGAUGACCAGUCCUAUGACACAGCUAACUUGUCUUUUGCUUAGUCAUAGCUGUGAUAAUAUUUCUCAUAUUGAUAAAAAUGUAGCACAUAGUCCUUCAGCAAUAUCAGUAGGUACAAAACCGAAAACUAGUUUAGGGAUUCCGGGAAAGCCUGGAAGCGGAGAACUCAAUAGUCGGCUUGGGCAAUUGAAUGCAAGGAAACAACGAAGACAACAGCAAGGAUCUGGAAAAACACGGCCUGAUUUGGGAACUGUUUCUAUCAAAAAAACUCCGGAUUGUCCAGAACCGUCAUCUACUUUUGGGACUCUCAGUUCAUUGUUAUUUGGUAGAAAAGGAGGCUUGUUUUAGGGGAGAGCCAAGUAUUAAACCGUCAGUCCAGUUGACAGUAUUUUUGUAGAUAGAGAAUUUGUUUAGAACCCAUUUAUUUAAAUAUACAAUAAAUAAUGUUUCAGCGA